AUGGCUCCCAGCACGACUCCUAUACCUCCCCCCGUAAUUCCUCCCCAUCCAAAGACGAAGCGCCCGAUUCCUGCCGGCAUACAGACAAAUGGCGCCCUGUCUUCCUCCUCUCCUUCACCUUCCAUGUCGGCAAAGAAGCCGCCCAACAGCGCCAAACAAGCCCCAAACUCUGCCUCGACAAAUGGCGGCACCGUCACUGUCGCGCGGCCACCAAAUCGCAUACGGCAAGAGAUCACUGCUCAACCGAAUGGCGCCGUCCGGUCAAGCACAAAUGGCGCCGCUCAGCCAGCCUCGGCCGGUGCGGCGGAUCCAGUCAUGAUACCGGUCGCCGUGCAGCAGCGUGAGUCCCACUGUCGCGCAUAUAUCGUGCCCCAGACUGACAUAACCUCAGCUCCAUCGCGCCAAUAUAUACUGAAGAAGUACUACGGCAAUCCUCCGUCGCUCAUUGUCCAUCUCCACCCGAAUCAUUUCAAAUUCGAUGCCCAGGAUGACUAUUUCCUCUACUCGUCACCAAUGAAAGCCUUCCUCGAUCACGUCAAAACCCGAACUAUUCCACAUGAUAUGGUCGCUGACUUGACCGAAGCGGGAGUUCCUUUCUACGAGGGUUGUCUAAUCGUGGAGAUCCAUGAUCAUAGGACCAUCGCAGCUGAGAAGGAAGAUGCCGCAAAGAAUGAAUCUGCAAAGAAACCUGACGUUCCUACCUCAGUACACAAGUACAAUCCUUACAUCACGCCGUCGCCGAAUAAGCCAUAUCAGAGGGAUCCUUUGACUGCCAUCAACGGCCAAGCGAAAAGUCCAGAGGUCGAUUCGAAAGGGAAACCAGCAGGGUCUGCGGAUCAAGGAACGCGACAGCCGUCCAGUUCGCCGCAGAGCCAAAAGAGCAAGGUUCCUCCGAAACGAAAAGUAAACACUCUCGUCCUUUUCCCGACGCAACAGAGCCGGCAAGCAGACCUUGCGAUUAAAGCGUGUAAUCCUCGUGGCUCCAUCGAUGGUCGGCAAGACAUAGCAGGCAAUGGAAUGGCCCCUCCGACCCCUUCAGCACUCGUUCCGCCCACACCAACAGGAUCAAAUAUGCCACCACCAGCCAAGAAGAGCAAGCGCGAGCGGAUGGAGCUUGACAGCAGCAACAUUUACGCAGCCGAAGGCGCAAUGCUACUUGCCACCAUGCCACCGCUAGAUCUAGAGCCGACCAAAGAUGUGGAGAGCACCAUUCUCAAACUAGAGAAUCAGUCGAGGCUUCACGCGCACCGCUUUCAAUCACCUCCGAAGCCGAAGACACGGAAACGGACCGUCGCCGAAAUGGCCGCAGAUGAGGCUCAAGCUGCCGAGAAUGAGAGGUUCCUUUUGGCAUUGGAUGAGAAGAUCACGCAAGGCAGCAGCUCUGUCCCAGGCGGUGAUGGGCAGCAACAGGUCGCGCCCUUCAACUCUACUUUUGACCGCUUUAAGAAGAUCGAAGACAUUAAGAAGGAACACGCCGAAAGGGCCAAGCAAGAGAAACUCAAACGGGAAGAGAAUGAGCGCCGGCUUCAGGAGCAGAAGGUGCAGGCGCAGGCACAGCAGCAGCAGCAGCAAGCAGCAGAACAGGAAAGACUCCGUCAGGAGCAGGCUGCCGCCGCUCAAAGGGCUCAACAAGAGGAGAUGCGAAGGAAAAUGCAGCAAGCGCAACAAGCGCGGGAGAGGGCCCAGGCCCAGGCCCAGGCGCAGGCGCAAGCUCAGGCUCAGGCCCAGGCACAAGCACAGGCUCGGGCACAAGCACAAGCUCAGGUCCAGGCCCAGGCCCAGGCUCAGGCGCAGCAAAGUCAAGGCGGAGGAGCGAUGCACCAGAAUUCACAUGGACAUCCUGUUCAAAACGGUCAGAUGUCCAAUGGAGUCUCGGUGUCAGCGCCGAACGGCAUGCCAAUGGCGCAGGCACGCUUCCAUGGCCAAGUCUCACAGCCCCAGGUGUCCUCCCCAGUCGUCCAGCAAAAUACGCCUCAAAACAUGUCGUCACCCAUGGUUGGUGGCGUUGCCAUGCAGACAUCUGGAUCUAACAUGGGAGGCAGCCCCGCAAGGCCGUCAUCCGUGGUUCAGAAUCAGCCUCCGAUGUCCACACCCAUGGCAGUCAGCAUGUCUGCUCGCGGAAGCCAGCAAAGUCAUCCUUCUGGUACACCGCGUAUGCACACCGCGACCCCUAACAUGGCUCACGCAACCCCGAUCAGCCGGGCUCAACAGAUGGCCCAAACUCCGCGCAUGUCCCAGUCCAGCCCGCCUCCUGGCAUGAUGGCGCCUCACCUCAACCAGUCGAUGAUGAUGAACAGCCCUGGAAUGGGCAACAUGCAGCAGAAUGCGAACCCAAUGGCACAGGCUCAAUUGUUGGCUCAACAGCAACGCCAGUUCCAGCAAGCACAAAAUAUGAACGCAGCAAUGAUGCAGAACAGCAUGAUGAACGGUGGUGGCCCACAGAAUGCGCAACAACUAAUGCAGGCGAGGUUUAUCCAACAGCAGCAAAACAUGAUGAGGCAAAAGAUGCAGAAUGGCCAGCAGCCCGGCAUGCAAAUGAACCAGCAGAGGAUGAUGCAGGCCAAUAACAUGGGAAUGCCGGGCGGAGCGCAGAUGCGUCCAGGCCAGAACAUGGUCAACAUGGGAGGCCAAAUGUUCCCACAGUCAAUGCAGCAGAUGCAACAACUGCAACUCCAACAGCAGAUGCAACAGAUGCAACAGCAACAGCAGGGCCACCCCCAGCAGAUGCAGCAGAACCACAUGAUGGGGGCAGCAGGACAACAGGCUCAACUGCAGCAGCGGAUAGCUAUGCAAACGCAACAGCAGGUCUCGAUGUUGAGCACGAAGCUGUUUCAAGAGAACCUGCCCGCGUGGUUACAGCAGCAAGGGCUUACGCAAGAAACAUGCCCACCCGAGGUACUGCAGAAGUUUAAGGUGCAAUGCUUAAACUCGGCAAGGCAGAAGGUCAUGCAAUUGAGGCAGCACCAGCAGCAGCAACAACAGCAACAGGCGUUGGCUAUGCAGCAGCAACAGGCUAUGCAGCAACAGGGGAUGAUGCCCCAGGGCAUGUAG